UUGGUGUCCAGAAAUAGUGGCGGCCAAUUCAGCGUGAAAGUUGUACGCAAGUUAAUCAGCUGACUGUACCUUUCGAAAUGCGCUACAGUCUUGAAUCUAUAAUUAUCAAAUAUUAAUUAUUUCUAACAAAAAUAUUAACGGUGUUAGCGGUUAUCGAAGAUGCUUUAGUAAGUGUUUUUAAUAUUUGCGAAUGAUUUUCGUGCUAUAUGCGUACAGUAAAUGAUAGCAAGAUGCCACAAGGAAGACGACGUGCACCUUUUAGUGGAAAAGCCAAAAAGCAGCAAAUGCAAGCGAAAAAACAGCGACAGAACCGGCUUCUUCUUGUAGGACACCACAGCAGAGGGGAUGAUGAUGAAGGAAGCGAUGAUGUUGCGGACAAGCCUUCUAGAACUGUUCAGAAGAUAAAUCUACAACCUAAAGAUCGCACUAGCAAAAGCAAAUAUGCAUUGCAAUUCUUUCGAGAAACCAAGGAGGAACUACAGAGAAGAAAGGAAGAAGCUAGACAGACCAUUGAACCAAUUCCUUUGGAGCAGCAAGAAAUUUCUGAUAACUUCUUCCCACCAGGAAUCGAUAUGCCUAAAAGACCACCGUGGGAUUUUAAUAUUACUAAGGAACAACUGGAGUCAAGAGAACAAAGAUACUUUACUGAAUAUUUGAAGAAUAUCGAAACCAUAGAGAAUAUCGGAUACUUUGAAUUGAAUCUUGAAACUUGGAGGCAAUUGUGGCGAGUCUUAGAAAUGUCAGAUAUAUUGUUGAUAAUAGUGGAUAUUAGAUAUCCAGUAUUAAUGUUUCCUCCUUAUUUAUAUCACUACAUAACAGAGGAUCUGGAAAAAGACAUGAUCCUAAUAUUGAAUAAAAUUGAUCUGGCAUCUCCAGCAUUAGUCGUAGCCUGGCACAAUUAUUUUAGAGAACAAUAUCCCAAGAUACAUGUCUUAGAAUUUACUUCGUUUCCUGGAUACAAUCUCCGUGGUAACACUGAGGAUGGUGAAGGAUUGAAGAAAAGACGUCGUCGAGGAAAACUAAAGAUGGCUGCAGAAGGAGCUCAAAAAUUAUUUGAAACUUGUAAAGAAAUUGUGAGCGAUAAGGUAGACCUCAGCUCAUGGCACCAGAAAAUUCAAGAGGAAAUGAAUUCAGAAUAUGAUCUCGAUGACAUUGAUAGGAAGGAUAACGUAACGAUUGAAAAAGAAGACACGAGUUACUUCAAACAUGAAAAGUACAAGAAUGGUGUCUUAACAAUCGGUUGUAUUGGAACACCUAACGUUGGAAAAUCUUCUUUAAUGAAUGCUCUAAUGGGAAAGAAGGUUGUGAGUGUAUCUCGUACUCCAGGCCACACCAAGCACUUUCAAACUAUUUUUUUAACAAAAAGCGUCUGUCUGUGUGAUUGCCCUGGAUUGGUUUUCCCUUCGACAGUGCCAAAACAACUUCAAAUACUCAUGGGAUCAUUUCCAAUCGCCCAGGUUAGGGAACCUUACACAACAAUAAAGUUUAUAGCCGAGAGAAUAGAUCUGCCGAAGCUUCUACGACUACAGCAUCCUUCAAAUGAUGACACCUGGAGCGCCAUGGAUAUCUGUGACGGAUGGGCAGCUAAAAGAAAUUAUAAAACAGCAAAGGCAGCCCGAUUGGAUUCUUACAGGGCUGCUAAUUCUUUACUCCGAAUGGCAUUGGAAGGAAAGAUAUGUAUAUAUGCAUAUCCACCUGGAUGGGCUGCGAAUAAGGAAAAAUGGGAGAAGCACAGUGAUGUUGAAAUCGUCAGGUGGAUUCAAGCUAAAAGUCAGGGUGAGGUUGAUCCUGAAACUGAAAGAGUCUUUACGUCCUCUGAUGAAGACGAAGAGGAACAUCCGGAUGAACAACAAGAAUCGUCGAAGGAUCAACAAGAUAAUGACUCUACUGAUUCUACAGAUGAUGAUUUGGACAUGCCAGUAACAGUGAAUAAAUUUAAAGCGCUUACAACGGCUUCUUAGUUUUGUGUAAUUUUCUCUGUAACGAUUGAAAAAGCUUGAAACUAGAAACUGCAACAGUAACAGAAACAUGUUAAUCCUUUUUUUUUUAAAUUAUAAUUACUCGUUACACCAAAAUGGCGCUGAUCUUACUCGAAUAUAUAUUGUAAAAUAUCAUAGAUGUAUCGGAAAUAUAUUUUACAAUAUUUACUGCAUCCAUAAA